ACUUCUACAACCAAACCAUUGGUGACGUCGACUUUUGGUGCUAAUUCCAAGUUUGGCAACGCAUUCAAAGAGCUGUUACACAAGAAGUCAUUUUUAGAUGAUGAUUCCGGUAAUAGCAAUGCCAGAGAAAACAAGAAAGACUCGGAACACACGGAAGAAAAAAAGACUCCAGCCGUACAACAGUAUAAACAAGUAGAACUUGAGCAGAUAACUAAAAUCCAGACUGGUGAAGAAAACGAAAUCUCGCAUUUUUCAGCUACAGCAAAGCUUUUCGAACUUGAUUUAACCAACAUAUCAGAUGGCUGGAAGGAAAGAGGCACUGGACCGUUACAUUUGAAUCAGUCUAAAGCUGACAAAUCUGUACGUUUAUUAAUGAGAUCACAAGGGUUAUUGAAAGUAGUCUUGAACUACAAGGUUAACUCGAAAACUGAACUACUUAAAGGAUUGGAAGCCAGUUUGACACCAGGAAAGUUCGUUCGUCUUAAUUCUGUCAGGGCAGACGGCACUCCAGUCCAAUACUUGUUGAAGUUUGGAUCGGAGGCUCUUAGAAAUGAUUUGGUGGAAAAAGUAGAUGCCCUCAAGAAGGAAAUAGACACUUAG